AUGGGCGCCGUUGGCAAAGACAUGCUCCUCACCAUGGACCAGGCCAGCUCUAGCGCAUCCACCGACACGGGCAGCGUCUCGCGUCCUGUGGCCAGUUUGCAGGCACGGCGGCAUCGUGAUCCCCGCCGAGCCCGACGUUGCCUUGCAGAAUCCACGGUUCGCCGCCGGCAGCGGCACGGACGAGGCUAUGCAGCGGCGACACAGGCAGCAGAGGGCAUGGCCAUGCUAAGCUUGAGGCGGCUUCUGUACAGUCAAGUUGCUGCCGGAGCGCGUCUUUUCUUCGCAAACAAGGACGAGGAGUGGGUUGCCGAGAAGACGCGAUAUGCAGCACCAAGUCCCAAGCAGAAAUCCGCUUCCUACCAGCAACUGGGCAGCAAGGACUAA